UAUGCGUGACAUAAAGAUAUAGGAACGGAUCAUCCAAAUAUAUUGUCUUCAUAAAUGUUAUUUUACGAAUGAUUUAAUGUUACUAUAUGCACAUGGUGCGUAUUUUUUGUAUUCUGAGCAUGGUAUGGUACCUAAUUACAUAUAAAAGGAAGACGUGCGUUUAAGUUGUCACAGUAAACCAGGUCUUCAUGAUGUCGAGAGCCGCCCUACUUUUGGUUGCAGUCGGCCUAGCAGCUUCUGUGGUAUCCGCAAGUCGAGACAUUCGUUCUCUAGGCGGCUGGCAAGGAAGUAGUGGCUACGGCGGUUUAUCUAGCUUCGGGUCUUUGCGGUCUCAGGGAGGGUGGGAUGCGGGUCUUGGACGUUCAGGCGGCUUCGGCAGCAACGGAGCGUGGGGCAGUUCAUUCAGCGGUCGAAGUGGGGGCGGACUGUCCAGAAGCAAUGGUUGGACCUCUAACAGCAAUAACUUCCGUUCUAAUCCCGAGUGGGACUCAGGAUCUAGUGGGUGGAAAGGCAUCAGUGCUCGUAACAACUGCUGGUAGUUUCCUUGCAGAAGACUUUGGAAAUGAAUUAAUUUAGUUCGAUCGCGUAGGAUAUUAUAUAGUUAAGCAUACAAAUAAAGCAGCUGCAUAAAAUUGCAUGUUUUAAUUUCA